UAUAGAGUAAUAGCUCUCUCUCUCCUUGUUUCUCUCUCUCUCUAUAUAAUAUAUAUAUAUAUAUUAUAUUUUUGUUUAUUUAAUAACAUUCCUUUACUUUCUCCGUCUAUUACUAUUUCAUCUUAAAUAAUAGCUCAUAGAGUCAUGACUCAGGUUCCUGGUGUUUUCUCGUGACCUAUGUGUAGUCUACGUGAUGUUCUAGGAGGGUUUUGGUACAAUCAUCGGCCCAUCUUCGAACAUUAUUUGAUGGAGGUCUAGAAAGAGAGAGAGAGAUAAUUCUCACUGGUGCUUGGAUGAGAAGUUAGUGAAUUUCACAUCCAAUGCUGUUUUCAGCCUUUGAAUUGAAAAGUUAUUAACAUUUUUCACAGGUUUUCGCCAGUAAUGGAGUGUUUUUAGCUUUAAAAGUAGCUUUGAAGGCAGAGAAAGCUUCAUAGAAAAGGCUUGUUUAGCUGUUCAAGAAAAAAGUUUCUGAUCAAUGGGGAAAUACUUGUGACCAUAAUGGAUCCUCAGGCAUUUAUCAGGCUGUCAAUAAGUUCACUGGGUCUGAGAUUUCCUGGAAGAGUUACAAAUGCUGCAUAUUCAUUCUCUUCUCCGUGUUCAUGUGAGAUCCGUCUUCGAGGUUUCCCAGUGCAGACAACAUCGGUCCCUUUAGUAUCUUCUCCUGAAUCAACACUGGACUCUCAGAGCAUAGCCUCAAGUUUUUAUCUUGAGGAAUCUGAUCUAAGAGCAUUGUUAACACCAGGAUGCUUCUAUGCUGCUCAUGCAUGUCUGGAGAUAGCUGUUUUCUUAGGGCGGAAGGGGUCCCAUUGUGGCAUUGGCGUCAAAAGGCAGCAGAUUGGGACAUUUAAAUUAGAGGUGGGUCCCGAAUGGGGUGAAGGAAAGCCAGCGAUUCUUUUCCAUGGGUGGAUAGGCAUUGGCAAGAGCAAGCAGGAGGGAAAACCAGUAGCGGAGCUUCAUUUGAGAGUGAAACUAGACCCUGAUCCAAGAUAUGUUUUCAAGUUUGAAGAUGAUACCAAAUUAAGUCCACAGGUAGUUCAGCUUCAAGGCGCUAUUAAGCAGCCUAUCUUCAGUUGCAAGUUUAGUGGAGACAGUGCUGACCAAGUGACGGAGAGAAGAGAGAGGAAGGGAUGGAAGGUGAAGAUACAUGAUCUCUCUGGCUCAGCUGUUGCAGCAGCCUUCAUAACAACUCCUUUUGUGCCGUCAACAGGCUGUGAUUGGGUGGCCAAGUCCAACCCAGGAGCUUGGUUGAUUGUUCGCCCUGAUGCCUGCAGGCCAGAAACCUGGCAGCCUUGGGGAAAGCUCGAGGCGUGGCGUGAGCGUGGCAUCAGAGACUCCAUUUGCUGCCGUUUUCACCUUCUCUCUGAAAGCCAGGAGUGUGGGGACCUUCUCAUGUCCGAAGUAUUCAUCAACUCUGAAAAGGGUGGUGAGUUUUUCAUAGACACUGACAGACAGACUCGAGCACCAGCAACUCCAAUACCCAGUCCACAAAGCAGCGGAGAUUUUGCAGGACUAAGUCCGGCUGUAGGAGGGUUUGUUAUGAGAUGUAGAGUGCAAGGGGAAGGGAAGAGCAGCAAGCCAUUGGUACAACUGGCCAUGCGGCAUGUGACCUGCGUGGAGGAUGCUGCCAUCUUUAUGGCACUUGCCGCUGCUGUUGAUCUCAGCAUUGAGGCGUGCAGACUUUUCCGUAAGAGGAUUAUUAGGAAGAGCACCCGCCAUUCUUUGUGAAACAUUUGUAAUAUAUGCAUAUACAUCUAUAUAUAUACAUAUAUAUUUGGUGCUCUUUAAUUUCCCUGAACUAAGGAAGCCCUUCUAUUGCUUCUGAUUGUUGUAACAUUGGAUUUGGACAUAAUAGACAGGAGCUUCUUCUUUA